AUAGCGAUGGAGGGAAAACCGAACAGGGGUCGUCAAACAAGCUGGAAGAGAGGUGGAGGUGGAAGUGGAGGUGGAGGUGGAGGUGGAGGUGGAGGUGGAGGUGGCGGGGGAAGUGACAGCGGGAACUCGGGUGGUGAGCACAGGGUCCGGGGAAGAGGACGAUAUGGAACUGGAAGGGGAAAAAGGGAUCAUUAUCGAGGCCGUGGCCGUGGCUGUCAACCUACCCCAUCAUUUGGAAGGGACCAAGAUGAAGGGAACAGGAUGGAUAUGGAGGAGGAUGAGGGGAUGGAGGUUUUCACCAAGAGGAAAUUGAAGUCUAACUGGGAUCGUUACAAGGAGUCAGAGAAGGAGGAGUCUAGUGAUGACACGCCCACUCAGAGAGGGACGGACUACCACGUCCUCCUCCAAUCAGCAGGGGACUCCUUCACUCAAUUCCGUUUUUCUGAGGAGAAGGAGUGGGAGAUGGACUCAUUGGCGACCAAUCAGUUGUCAGCAGUGUUUGUGGACCUCCCAGCCCUGGCCCAGUCUCUACAGGAGCUGCCUCUUCACCUCAGACUGAACCUGGAGCCUGAACUAGUCCAGGUGACCUCUCCGGUGGAGCUACCCACUAUGACCUUGGCACCCAAACAGGACUCUGUAGCGCUGGGUAUGUUCAAGCCUCCUGUCCCAGCAGCUCAGAAAGGCCUUACUCCAAGCCUUGGCGUUUCCUGUGCUGUGAGCACAGCCCCAUGCACUGUUCCUCUGGGCUCCUCAGCAGCCAAGACUCCUGUGGUGGAUGACAUGGAUAAGGAGUUGGACCAGCUGCUCACCCUACAGAGCCCAGUCUCAGAACCUUCUGGCAGGCUUGUGGAGGUUCCAGAUAAACCAUUAGAGGAGAGGGAGGAGCUGGUUCCAGAGGAGGAGAGGGAGGAUAAGAAGCAGGAGACACAGCAGGUCAAGGAGGAGAUUCAGAAGGAGGAUGUGGCUGCACCUCCUAAGGCAGAGGUAGCAAAGGAGGUGGUGACAGAGGAGGACCUGGAAGACUGGCUGGACAGCAUGAUCUCCUGACCUCUGACCCUGUCACACAGCCUGGCCUGGGAGCAGGACCGUCCAGUCCCCCUCAGCCCGCAACUCAGCCCCCAACUCAGCCUUAACAGUCACGAUGACCUCUGACCCUGUCACACAGCCUGGCCUGGGAGCAGGACCGUCCAGUCCCCCUCAGCCCGCAACUCAGCCCUUAACAGUCACGAUGACCUCUGACCCUGUCACACAGCCUGGCCUGGGAGCAGGACCAUCCAGUCCCCCUCAGCCCUCAACUCAGCCCCCAACUCAGCCCUUAACAGUCACGAUGAGGAGUACCUCCAGCCCGCAACUCAGCCCUUAACAGUCACGAUGACCUCUGACCCUAUCACACAGCCUGGCCUGGGAGCAGGACCGUCCAGUCCCCCUCAGCCCGCAACUCAGCCCGCAACUCAGCCUUAACAGUCACGAUGAGGAGUACCUCCCUUAGCUCCGUAACUCAGCCCCCUAACAGUCUUACAUCAUAUUCUACUCCACCACUGCACAGUCAAGACAUGGAGCACUGCUUAUAUAACAGCAGAUUCAUUAAUUGACAUUUCAUGAUGGACAAUCAUUAGAUCGACUUUGGAUGAAGGCAUUGUUGAUUUAAGAUAGCCAAUUAUAGAAUAUACUUUUCACAAAUGUUGUCUCCAUCCUACCGACUACCCUGGAUGGUCUGAUAGCCUGAACUAGUGGCUUGUGGCUACAGAGAUGGGACUGUGGGUCUGGCAGCAGAGCUCUGUGAGCUGAUGCUGGUGUUUAACCGCGCUUUGUACCCUUCAAAGGAUGGAUCUUCUAUUCCUUUUGCCUUGUCAGACACUGAAAGGGAGUCACACAGAUUUCCCCUCUGAAAGGUUUCUGUAAUGGGAUCGGUGUUGUGAGUCAGUUGACAGCCCGUGGAAUACAGACAUGGUUUAUUGGUUACUUUAGUCAUUUCCAUCCUCCCUUCUCGAAGAUAAAUGCAGUUUACCAAAGCUACUACAUAUAUAAAUAGCCAUACAAUAGCAGCUCACUGCUUUUCUGUCUUUGUGUGUUCAAUAAAUCCUGAACUGUG